GAAAGCUGCAUUUUGAUUGGUAAACAACACGUCAAUCCAGACGCCGAUCGUAGUUACACACCUCCGAGAGCCCAGUGGGCACUCCGUGACUGUGUUCGGAGGUAAAAUGGCGCUUACUACUCAAGGAACAAAGAAGAAAGUUUGCUAUUAUUAUGAUGGCGACGUUGGGAACUACUAUUACGGACAAGGCCACCCCAUGAAGCCGCACCGGAUCCGGAUGACCCACAACCUCCUGCUCAACUACGGCCUCUACCGCAAGAUGGAGAUCUACCGACCUCACAAGGCCAACGCGGAGGAGAUGACCAAGUACCACAGCGACGACUACAUCAAGUUCCUGCGCUCCAUCCGGCCGGACAACAUGUCCGAGUACAGCAAGCAGAUGCAGAGAUUUAAUGUGGGUGAAGACUGCCCGGUGUUUGACGGCUUGUUUGAGUUCUGUCAGCUUUCAACGGGCGGAUCUGUGGCCGGUGCAGUGAAGCUGAACAAGCAGCAGACGGACAUCGCCAUCAACUGGGCCGGAGGACUUCACCACGCCAAGAAGUCCGAGGCCUCGGGGUUCUGCUACGUCAACGACAUCGUGCUGGCCAUCCUGGAGCUUCUGAAGUACCACCAGAGGGUGCUGUACAUAGACAUAGACAUUCACCAUGGCGACGGGGUGGAGGAGGCCUUCUACACCACCGACCGGGUCAUGACCGUGUCCUUCCACAAGUACGGGGAGUACUUCCCCGGAACCGGAGACCUGCGGGAUAUCGGUGCGGGGAAGGGGAAGUACUACGCAGUGAACUACCCUCUCAGAGACGGCAUCGAUGACGAGUCUUAUGAGGCCAUAUUCAAACCUAUCAUGGCGAAGGUGAUGGAGAUGUAUCAGCCCAGUGCCGUGGUGUUGCAGUGUGGUGCUGACUCUCUGUCAGGAGAUCGACUCGGCUGCUUCAACCUCACCAUCAAAGGCCAUGCUAAGUGUGUGGAGUACAUGAAGAGCUUCAACCUGCCGCUGCUGAUGCUGGGGGGGGGCGGCUACACCAUCCGCAACGUGGCCCGCUGCUGGACCUACGAGACCGCCGUCGCCCUGGACAGCUCCAUCCCCAACGAGCUCCCGUACAAUGACUACUUUGAGUACUUCGGACCCGACUUCAAACUGCACAUCAGCCCCUCCAACAUGACCAACCAGAACACCAACGACUACCUGGAGAAGAUCAAGCAGCGUCUGUUCGAGAACCUGCGCAUGCUGCCUCACGCCCCCGGGGUCCAGAUGCAGCCCAUCCCAGAGGACGCGCUGCAGGACCACAGCGCUGACGAGGAGGAGGAGGAGCCUGACCGCCGCAUCUCCAUCCGGGCCCACGAUAAGCGCAUCGCGUGUGAGGAGGAGUUCUCUGACUCGGAGGACGAGGGCCAGGGCGGCCGGCGGAACACGGCCAGCUACAAGAAGAGCAAGCGCCCAAAAACAGAGGAGGAGAGAGAGAGAGAGAGAGAGAGAGAGGGGGAGGAGAAGAAGGAAGUGAAAGAAGAGGAGAAGGCCCCAGUGGAGGAGAAGAUGGACACAAAGGGGCCAAAAGAAGAGCUGAAAACGACGCCGUGAGCAGGACACGGCCGCGCGGUUUUCACAGAAAUCACCCUGUCGCCCGUUACGGUGCUGCAGCCAGACCUGGACCCCUCCCCUCCCGCGUGGCGACGGGAUGAUUCUCUCAAACGCAGUUUAACCCGUCGGCUCUCACUGCGGCUCCCUGCAGUCCUCCUGCUCUCCUGCUACCUCUUGCCUAUUUCUUUUCCUUCUGAUAAAACCUUUGUGACGUCACAAGAACAUUUUUGUGACGUCACAAGAACAUUUUUGUGACGUCACAAGAACAUUUUUGUGACGUCACAAGAACAUUUUUGUGACGUCACAAGAACAUUUUUGUGACGAAACAAAGCUCCCCCCCCAGAGAACGCUCUCCUAAUUUAUUUUAUUUUUUGCCCCAAGUUGUAUGUCUUUCUGGGUUUCUAUUUGGAUUUAAAUCAUGGUUGUUUUUGACAUUUUUUUGGAAUGUCUCCUCUCCUGCACUGUCAUCUACUGCGCUGUGUGUGUGUGUGUGUGUGUGUGUGUGUGUGUGUGUGUGUGUGUGUGUGUGUGUGUGUGUGUGUGUCUGUGUGUGAGAGAGAGCAUGCACGUGUGUGUGUGUAAGAGCAUGCACAAGUGUGUGUGUGUGUGUAUGUGUGUGUGUGUGUGUUCUCCUGCAAUGAAGCCUGUGAUGAUAGGCUCGCUCUCUAAGCUCUGCGUUAACGGCUGUUUUUAAUGUAAGUGUUCUUUUUUAUACCGCGGUAAUCCCUCGAGCCAGGGGGCGCUGAUUCACAGGAUUCAAUGAACUUCAGACCGUCGCAGCAUUAGCCAGGUUCGCUGGCUGGAGGGGUUCCUCUCCGCCUAACACGGCCGCACCUCCACCACAUCGACAGGACUGUGACACUUUACAGAAGUUCUGAAAGUUGUGAAAGUUCAGUGGUUGUUAAAUCCCAGUUUGUAAUGGAUUUUCGUGAAGAAGAAAUUUAAUAAAAGCGUAAGAUUU